AUGUCUCCUGAUGAUAGUCAGAACAGAGGACCAGGGGCGCCACCAGGAACUGUUCCGCUAGAGGCUGGGAUUGUUAAACUAGAUCUUCACAGGAAUGCUUCGGGAGUGAUAAUCUUGCAACCUAAGCCAACAAGGAACCCAAAUGAUCCAUUAAAUUGGAAGCUUUGGGAGAAGUAUCUUAACUUUGGGCUUGUGUUGCUAUAUUCUUUGCUCGUAUUUGCCUUUAUUGGAGCUUCUACCCCCACAUGGGCACUAAUGAACAUUGAGCUGGGAUUUAGCUAUGAAAUCCUGCAAGACAGCUACGCAGUUGGCUCAGCAGCAUUGUGUAUUGGAGCGUUGAUAUUUAUUCCCACAGUGCUGAAAUUCGGUCGGCGUCCAGUCUACGUGAUGAGUACACUGGCACAGUUUGGGGUGGCAAUUUGGUUUGCCAAAAUCCAAACAGUAGCUGACUUGAUGCUUGUGAAUGCGUUUUCAUGUCUUCUCGGAGCCCUAGCGGAAGUGAUUGUCCAGAUGACAGUGGCUGACAUCUUCUUUGUGCAUCAGAGAGGCAUGAUGAAUACCAUUUAUAUCUGGAUUAUGGUUAUUGGGUCAGCACUAGGACCUCUGGCCGCAGGUUACGUUACAACUUCACAGGGUUGGCGGUGGGUAUGGUGGUGGAUGACAAUUCUUUUUGGAAUCAGCUUUGUGUUGUUUCUCUUUUUCUAUGAGGAGACUAAAUUCCUUGGCUGCAUCGAUGGAAUGGCUCCAGUCAAUCGUCUCCAACGAGAGGACCUUGCUAGGUCUCGAGACAAUUUGAAGGAAGCAGCGUUUGAGAAGGCCCUCGAUGCAGAAGUUGGUGAGAGGGUAUUUGAAUUAAACACACCAGACAUCGACUUCUCUAUAUCCCGAAAGACUUACUUUCAGCGACUUUCUCUGUGGUCAUCAUCUCCAGGAUCGCUCCAGUUUUUUCUCCGUCACAUCUACCAACCCCUUAUUGUGACUUUCACCUUUCCCGCAACACUCUACGUUGCAGUGCUAUAUGGAAUGUUGACAGCCUUGUGGCAAGUUAUGAUAACCGUGGUGGCUUCAACUAUGCCUGAACCACCCUAUAACUUUACCGCAUCGCAAGUCGGUCUUAUGUCCUUGGCUCCCUUUAUUGGGACAACAAUCGGAAGCAUGAUUGUUGCACCUGUGAGUGAUAGGCUGGUGGUAAGAUUAGCGAAGAGAAAUGGAGGAAUAUUCGAACCCGAAAUGCGGCUCUGGAUUUUGCUUGCGUUUUCCCCAUUAGUUCCAGCUGGAACAUUACUCUUUGGAUACAGCCUCGGAAAUACCCACCCGUGGCACUUUGUUGCCAUUGGUUACGCACUUUAUGGUCUUGCAAUGGGACCUAUCAGCAGUACUUCUUUGACUUAUUUGACCGAUGCCUAUACCAAUAUCGUGGCGGAUUCCCUUGCUGGAGUGACCUUCCUUAGGAAUCUUUUUGCAACAAUUUUUGUUUUUGCAGUUACACCCUGGACAGCUGCGGUGGGCAUCGAAAAUGUGUUUCUUACAAUAGGAAUUCUCAUGUCAAUCAUCCUAAUCCCGGGCACGAUGGCUUUUCUUUACUAUGGGAAGCGGAUCAGACACUGGACCACUGACCGGUAUCACCGUUAUUCGGAUUUAUAG